AUGGAGCGGCCGAAAGCUCAAGAAGACCUGCCACAGGGUGAUCAGGUGAAUCUUGAGGGUGAAGAUGGGCGUUCGGAAGAGGUGGUCGAAGGUGAGGGCGAGUCUGACAGUGAUGCCGAACUUGUUGACCUCAUGGGGAAGAAUAAGAAGGUGAAAAAGGAGUGGGCUCGAAAAUUGACUAAAUUGGAGCGACAGUGUGAUUACUUGAUGGGAUCCACGCAAGCGGGAGCUAAAGGGAAAGCUCUGUUGACCGACAACUUGUUUUCUACCACGGUGUCCCCUUUCACUGAUCGUAUAAUGUCAUGCCAACUCCCAAGUAAGUUCAAAAUGCCUGAAAUACCCGUAUAUACAGGAUUGGGGGACCCUAUUGAACAUUUGGCCAGUUUCCGUGCACACGUGGUGCUGCAUGCCACUCCGGACGAGGUUGCUUGCCGAGCUUUUCCCCUUACUUUGGCAGGGGGAGCUCGGGAAUGGUUCAGAACUUUGCCUCCUCGUUCAGUCUCGAGUUUUGAGGGCCUCGCCAGGAAGUUUGCGUCUCAAUUUAUGGCAGGCGUUGUCCGGAAAAAGCCUGCUCAACAAUUGAUGACCAUUAAGCAAGGCCCCCAGGAGUCAUUGAGAAGUUACUUGCUCCGCUUCAACCAGGAGAGGUUGGCCGCGGAGACCCAGAAUGAGCAAUUCAUCCACUGCGCUAUUUAUCAAGGGAUCAGGAAGGAUGGUGCCCUCAUGGCGGACCUAGCAAGAAGACCGGCAGACAGUUUGCAGGAAUUUUAUGAUCGGGCAGAAGAGUUCGUGAACCAAGAAGAAACCCUCCGUGCGUUCCGAGGGGCCGAGGGGCCGGGGAAAGAAAACCCUGUGCCGGACAGGAGAUCAAAGCCGAGGACGGCCCCGAUAGGAAGGGAGGUUGCAGAGCGCGGACCCGCUAGGAGAGUUGAAGGUUAUCACUGGACGCCCGUGAAUGCUCCGGCGAAGGAGAUUCUCAUGGAAAUCAGAAAGGAUCCGAACUAUAAGGAUCCCUCACCAAUAAAGGGCCAUCCGCCUCCGCACAACCGGCAUAAAUACUGCCACUACCAUGGCUCUUUUGGUCACUAUACAGACAAUUGCAUUUCUCUGAAAGAGGUGAUCGAAAGGUAUAUAGCUGAUGGCAAGUUGAAGCGUUUCGUGGAGAGACGUGAGAGUACCUCGGACAAGCGCCCUGCGUAUAAGUUUGCCGGGAACCAGGGAUCGUCCGGGCGUGAUGCGCGCCCGGGAAAGCAGCAGUACUAUCGGGAAAGAAGACCGCCUCAACAGCCCCGCAGGGAUGUCCGGGCGGAGAAGUCGCCUCAGCGUGAGCGGAGCAGAAGCCGCGGGAGGCCGCAGGACUCGGGGUGCUUCCUCGAAAUCCAGACUAUAGCUGGAGGCUUUGGAGGGGGAGGUGAGACUUAUUCGGCUCGCAAGUCUUACGUGAAGGAAAUGCGAGAGGUAUCCAUUUACGCGAUCACGAGGCCGGGAAAAGCUGCGAGGCGUGAGAAGUUAACCAUCACCUUCUCGGAUGAAGAUUACGAGGGGGUAUACUUACCCCAUUCGGAUGCCCUGGUGGUAACCAUGGUUAUAGGAAAUCACAGGAUUCAUCGGGUCUUGGUAGAUAAUGGUAGUUCAGCGGACAUUCUCUAUAAGUCGGCCUUCGACUUGAUGAAAAUUAGUAAGGAUAAGCUCUCUGCCUUCAGAUUUCCCCUGGUGGGGUUCGCAGGAGAACAGGUGAUGCCGCUGGGGUCGAUCGAGCUUCAAGUUACGGUGGGUAGUUCCCCGACAGAGAAGACAAUUCCGGUAAGGUUCCUUAUUGUCGAUCAACCCUCCGCUUACAACGCUAUAUUCGGGAGGACAGCUCAGGCUGAGUUGAAAGCGGUCACAUCGAUACCCCAUCUUAAAAUGAAAUUUCCGACGGAUGACGGAGUAGGAGAAGUCCGAGGGGAGCAGAAGGCAGCCCGCAAGUGUUACAAUGUUUCCCUGGGGGGUCCCUCUCGCCAGGCACACCCUGGUCAGGAGGCAGGAAUAGACCCCUCGGUUAUCGAGCACCGACUGAAUGUUGACCGGAACUGCAGAUCGGUGAAGCAGCGGAGGAGGACUUUCGCCCCAGAGCGCAAUCAGGCAAUUGCAGACGAAGUGCAAAAGUUGAUUAAAGCAGGAUUUAUCCGGGAAAUUGAUUAUCCGGAAUGGCUGGCCAAUGUAGUGUUGGUAAAGAAAGCAAAUGGGAAGUGA